CACAACUCCAUGUGUGCACCGGAUACAAUUGUGUCUCCCAUUCAGGAGGAGCGUGAAUCCGUGGAGCUCUCUGGCAAGGGUUCGAUGAAGGAGGCUGCACCUCUACUCAGCCCAUCUCUGCACUAGAGCAGGAAUCAUCAACCCUUACAUGGAAAUGGAGAAUCGCACCGUGGUGUCAGAAUUCAUCCUCUUAGGUAUCCCCAGCACCGAAGGUCUUGAGAACAUCCUCUUCAUCUGCUUCUUAGUCUUCUUACUCUGCUCCUUCCUGAGCAACAUGCUCAUCUUAGCAGCCGUCCUCGCUGACUCCCGCCUGCACACCCCCAUGUACUUCUUCCUCUGCAACCUCGCCGUCAUAGAUCUUGGAUGCUCUUCUAUCACCACCCCAAAAUUGCUGGCCGACCUCUUGACCAACAGUAGAACCAUCUCGGUGGGCGGGUGCACGGCCCAGGUCUUUUUCUGGCACUUCCUGAGCAGCACUGAAUGCCUAAUUUACACAGUCAUGGCCUAUGACCGGUAUGUGGCCAUCUGCCACCCGCUGCGCUACUUGCUCAUCAUGAACCGCAAGGUGUGCGCCCUCCUGGCCACUGGCAGCUGGAUCUGCAGCUCCUUUCAUGCCACCAUCCUUGCCAGCCUGACCUUCACGCUGCCCUACUGUGGGUCCAACGUGGUGGACUAUUACUACUGUGACAUAUUACCAGUGGUCAAGUUGGCCUGUGCGGACACAUACAUUGUUGAGACCGUGACCUUCACCAACACUGGCAUCAUACCCCUGACUUGCUUCUCCCUCAUCCUCAUGUCCUAUGUCAGGAUCGCGGUCUCCGUGGUGAAGAUGCGCAGUGCUGAGCAUGCUCGGAAAGCCUUCUCCACUUGUGCCUCGCACAUGACGGUGGUGUGCUUCUUCUUCGGGCCCUGCUUCCUCCUCUACACCCAGCCCUCCAUGAGCCCCGUGGUGGCCACCCGCAUUCAGAUCUUUUGUGACGUGGUCACCCCGAUAAUGAACCCGCUGGUCUACACGCUGAGGAAUAAGGACGUCAAGGCAGCUCUGAAGAAAUUGAAAGGUGGCUAAGCCCAGCCCAGCCACACUAGUAUG